AAAAAUCCCUUUUGUAUUUCUUGUCUAGAGUAACCCCCUCCCGCAGCACCUGGGGAUUGUUACCAGCUUGAUUAGAGCAGUUUUCCACAAUUUAUUGCAGGCUGUCUGUUUCAUCUGCACUUUCUGAAGGGAGCCCUACCUGCAUGCACCUGCCACGGUAUGCAUGGUAUUCAUAAAGUGCUUUUAUGAGGUGUGUGUAGUGGAUGUUAUAAUGGUAAGGGGGCAAUGGAAUAUGCACAAUAUGAACUGUACUUAAUGCAAAAAAAAAAAAAAGUUUGACAUUAUUAAACAACGGUGUAACACUUUUUGUAUUGAAUGAGGACUGUAAGAAUGCAAGCAGUGCGCUAGCCAAGUAGAAUCAAUAUCUAUUCACAUCACAUGGCAGAGUACAUGGCGUUUAUUCAGGAGCAAUCAGGUGCAUCGUAUGGGCAGGUUGUGUAAGAACGUAACGUUACUUUCCCUUCACUCUCAUCUCCCUCUUUCUCCCCGCACUUUCCCGCACUAACUCAACCAAUUCUAUAGCCACGCUCCCAGCCGCCGUCACCCAGGUUACCACCAAACCACGCCCCUAACAGCAAAUCUCCGCUAGACCACCGGUCUGCCGCCGCGCUUUGUUACCAAGGCAACGGCCUGGGCCUCAGCGUCCGCUAUUACCAUGGAAACGGCAAAACCAGGCUCCUUGGGCCAAAACGGCAGCUCAGAGCGUGGUGCAGCGGAGUGCAGUGCAGGGCACGGGAUAACGGCGGAGACAGAGCAACGUCAUGGCGAGCGAGGAGGGAGCACAGAUGAAGCUGGAGACUGUCAUACAGCGACUGGAGAACACGGUCCUAAACCCAGGGAGCAUGUCUGAGGACAGGAUACUGAGUGUCCGCAGUGGGGAGAGUGUGCGAGACUCACUGACGCCUGUCCCAGCCCGUAUAAGAGAGAUCAUCACACAGAAUCUAAGCGAAGAGCCCGGUCACAGCUUCACAGAAUCAUACCAUGAACUCAAUCUGAAUGAGGAGAACAAAUCUCUGCAGGAUGAGUUAUACCGUCUCAAAGACCUGUUAGCACUAACCCGUGCUGAGCGCGAUGACCUGACCAUCACAAACCGCACCCUGACUGCUAAGCUGGAGCAGUCUCAAGCGCUGAGGUCUGGAGAAAGCGAUACAGUAUUAGAUUUGAGGCGACGCUUCCAGGAGGAGGAGAUGGCCUAUAAGCACAAGCUGGCUGCCUACCAGGAGGGGCAGCAGCGGCAGGCCCAUCUAGUACAGAGAUUGCAGAAUAAGGUCUUACAGUAUAAGAGCCGAUGUGGAGAACUGGAGCAGGAGCUGCUGGAGAAAUCCUCUGACAGCGACCAGCAGAAAUUGUCGUUACAGACACGGUUGGAUUCGACAGAGUCCACUUUGCACAGGAUGGAUCAGGAUCACAGCACAGAGCUAAAGAGUACCCUGAGCAGACUGGAGGAGGAACAGCUGAGGAGCAGCAGCCUAGCACAGGUGAACAUGACCCUACGGGAACAGAUGGACCAGCUGCAGUUAGUGAAUGGCAAAGUGACAGAGGACCUGAGACUCCGGACCGCUGAACUCCACAAGACACGCAACGACUUGGAGCAACGGGAGUCUGAGUGGAAGAAAGAGAAAGAGAGUUAUGCCAUGUACAUGAACAGUGAGCACAGCAGUAUCCUGACCUUGUGGCGGCAGACAGCGAAUAUGCGCAGUCAGUUCCUCAAUUUGCGCGAUAUGGCCGAGAGGGGACUUGCUGAGAUGAAGACAGACAUUUCCCGCAGCUCGCGGCGCAUGCAUACAGCCUGUUUGAAUUUGGACUCCAACCUCCGCCUCUCCCAAAAUGCUGCCGGGGCAUCUUUGCACACAGCCCGCCUUGAACAGCAGCUCCGUGACAAAGUGCGUCAAAUGAUCCAAAUGCAGAGCCAGUGCGAUGCAGAGAAAGUGGAACUAAAUGCCAGAAUCUCAGAGUUGUCUCUGAAGGUUGACAAGCUGAAAGAGGAGAACAGUAGAAUGGAAAAGGAGAAGCAGAGACUGGAGAAUGAAGGGUGUGACACCUGGCAAGAGCUGGAGGGGUUCAGGAAAGAGUGUGAUUCAUUACAGCAAAGCUUACAUACCAUCACACAGAUGUGUCAAGCAGAUAGUACAAAGCUUGAGUUGAUGAUGACAGAGACUCCAGGAGGAGAUACUGUUGAUGACCUGAAAUGUUCUGUCUCUCCAAGUAGGAAAUCUCCUACUCGCAUGCGUAUCUCUUAUAGGCAAGACACAGCUAUAAAGGCAGUUCAGAGUGCUCUGCAGAGACACCAGGAGAGAGAGAAGGAGCUGCAGUCUGAAUUGGAAAUGGCACAACAGUCCAUGGAAGAUACUAAGAGGGAUCUUUUAGAAAACCUGCAGGAUCUGGAGAGAGAAGGCCUUGAAUUUAGGAGGCAGAAGGAUGAGUUGCUGGAGAGCGUGAAACAAACAUCUCAGAGAUAUCAGGCCAGCCUGGAAUCCUUAACCAGAGAGAAGGAAGCUAUAGAAGAGUCCUUACAGACAGCACAACAGAGAACCGAGGCAUCUCUCCUGGAGUUGGAGAGACUAAAGGCUGUGAAUGCAGAAUUACUGCGUCAGAGGGAAGUCUUGGAGGAGCAAAAGGAGGAAUUGAACAGGGAACGGGACCGUAACCAAAAGGAGCUGGAAAGAGGGCAAAGGACACAAGAGAAAUUGGAAGAAAAGGUGUCCUUGCUGAAGAAAGACCUGGUUAAUGUCAGGGAGGAUCUGAGUCAAACAGUCCUGGAAAGAGAUGUCCUGCAAGGGGAGAAGGAGGCUGUCAGCAGUGCCCUUUGCAAGGCUGAGUCAAGCAGAGUGGAAGUAGAGCUGGCACUUAACCAGAUGCGCAGUGAACGGGCGGCACUAAAUGACUCGCUGGCCAAAAUGGGAGCUCUGAACGAGGGCUUAGCACAAGAUAAAGUGGCCCUGAACCGUGAAAUUCUCCAGCUGGAGGCCGACCGCAGUUCCCUGCAGGACGAUCUCCGCAUUAGUGAGGCUAGCUGUGCAGCAUUGAAGGAGCAGCGGGAAGCAUUGGAGCAGGAAAUAUCUAAACUGCAGAGUGAUAAAGCCGGACUGGAGUGGAGGUGUCAGGAGACUGAGGAGAAGAAGCAGAGGGUUGAGGAGCAGCUUCAUUCUGUGCGCAGGGAGAAAGCAAAAUUAAAGGAGCAGCUUUCACAGGCCAUUGCUACAACACAGACACUUCAGGAUCAAUUGCAUGAAAAUCACCAGGAACUGGAUGUACAAUUAGCAGCCUUGCAGCGUGCAGCACAGCGCAUUGAGGAGCUGACCAAUCAGAAUGCAGAGCUUGGUGUGCAAGUUGCAACCAUGAAGACUGAGAGACAGGAGCGAGAAGAAGAACUGUCUCAGCUUCAGGCACAAAAGGAUUCUCUAGAGAGCAUCUUGUAUGAUUCCCAGCGCAGGGCUGCACAGCUGGAAGAUCGCAGAGAACAACUGGAAGGCGAGGUCCACUCACUGAUGCUUACAAAACAAAGCCUUCAAGCAGAGGCUCAGCACCAGGCCCUGGUAUCUGAGGAAGCCAUGGCUGAGCUGCGGCAGCAGAAGGUCAAGCUGGAGAUGCAACUGACACAGACAGAGCAGACAGCACAGCUAUCUCUUAGUAACCAGGUCCAGCAGCACCAAGACACUGUAGAGCGGCUCAGGAAAGAGAAGGAGUCCCUGUGUCAGGCCAUGAUCGCGGAGAAGCAGGAGGCAGUACAGCGCAUGGAGAAUGAGAAAGGCGAGCUUCUCUCUGAAUAUGAGAACAUAAAGCAGAUGCUGAGUGCGGAGAUUGUGCGGUUACAGGAGGAGAAGGAAGAGAGCCUGUUGGCGUUGGAGAGCGAGAAGCAAAAGGCACUUUUCCAGAAGGAAACUGAGAAAAAUUCUCUGAGUGAGCGGCUCAUUCAGACCCAGAGGGAGGUUUCUGACACCAAGCUGGAGGCUGAAAGGUUUAGACGGGAAGCUCAGAUUAAGCAAGACCAGGACAAGUCACAGAUAGAUGGAGUCUCCUCAGACCUGAAGGCUCUGCAGACCGAAUUUGAGGAUGCUAUCUCAGCUCACUCCAAAGAGAACAAGAGUCUCUGUGAGCGUGUCAAACAACUGAGUCAAGACAGGGAGAGCCUGACCAAAGAGGUGGAGGAGCUGAGGACUCAGGUGCGCUUAGCAGAGGAUGCCAGAGACGGCUUGCGCAGGGACAUCAUUGAAAUACAGCGGCUGCUGCGAGAGGCGGAGGAGACCUGUGAGGUGCAGAGGAAGGAGGCUCUAGAGUUACGUAGAGAUCUUGGAGACCUGACUCGUGAAAGAGAAACUCUGCAUAAGUCUAAUACUGAACUGAGAGCAUCCAUCAAGAAAACAGAGACAGAGAGAAGCAGCUUGCAGAUGGCAGUAGAGGAGAAACAGAAGCGCAUGGCUGUGCUGCAGGAGACAAAGUCAUGUGCGGAGCGGGAAACGGCACAGCUGAGAAGCAGCCUGCGCGAGGUGGAGCGUUCACACAUGGAGGCCCGCAGACAGCUACAGGAGCUGCGCAGACAGGUAAAAACACUGGGUGGAGAGAGCAGCCAGAAGGAGCAGGAGGUGGCCGAGCUGCAGGCCCGGAUUCAGCAGGAGGAGCAGAAGGAGCAGCAGAGUCGCAGGGAAUCCUUGGAACUGAGACAGCGUGUAACGGAGAGCGAGGCUGAGAGGGAGGCUGCACGCAGAGAGAUCUCAUCUCUACAGCAGCAUCUCUCAGCAUUAGAGUCUUCUUCUCGCCAACGUGAGAAAAAUUUUGAGCAGAGACUUAGUGAGAGCCGGGCCGGAGAGAAGCGGCUGCAGGAUGGGUGCAAGUCACUGCAGGAACAGCUACAAAAGGGAACCAGCGAGGCAGCAGAUGUCAGACUUCACCUUGGAGCAUGUGAGACUCGAGUGAGAGCACUUGAAGCCGAGCUGAGCAAGAUCCAAGCGGCACGCAGGGAGGCAGAGGCCCAGCUAAAUGGCGUGUACUCAGCAUUACGAUGUACUCUGGGCUUCAGAGGUCGCAGCCCAUCGCCUCGUAGAGCUGUCUCUCCCAGUAAAGGUCUUGAUAGCUCACUCAGCACACUACUGGACGGACGAAGGACUCCAGGCUCACGAGGAGGAUCUCCUGAUCGCAGUUGCUCUCCAUACCCGGAGCUAGAACCUGAGGCUGUGAAAGUAGCUUUAAAGGAUCUUGUUCAGGAACUGAGGGACGCUCGGAGGGAGAGGGAUGAGGCUGGCACUCAGAUUGUGACUCUUCGCAGACAGCUGAUGGAUGGCACAGACCAGUGUGAGAGAUUGCAGAGCCAGCUGCAGAAGCUGCAGAGACAGCUAACAGAACUCCAAGAAGGGCAACAGAAGACAGAAGAGAGGCUGGGCACAUCACACACAGAGAUGCGGCUGCUGCAGGACAACCUGCGUCAUGUUGAGGUGGAGCGACAAGCUGCAGGAGAGCACGCAUUAAAACUGGAGCACAGUCUGCGUGUCUGUGAGGAUGAGAAGAAGGACUUGCAGGAGCGACUGUGCCGAUCUCAUAGUAGUGAAAGUCGGCACGAGCUUGAGUGUAAGCGUCUGAGAGAGGUGCUUGAGGCCUCAGAGAACCGCGGUACUGACCUGGAGCUACGACGCCGCUCUCUGGAGGGUGAACUGGAGCGGACGCGACUUUGUCUCGCAGAACGAGAAGCAGAAGUCCAGGCUCUGCAGGAAAGAGCACACGGUUUACACAAUCACCUGAUGAAGAGUAAAGACCAAGAUGUAUCCCUGCAGAGAGAGGUGCAGCGGCUGAGCAUGGCUUUGACUAGGGCACAGGAUGGUGAGCGGCAGCUGCAAGAGAAGUCACAGGGGCUGACGCAGGCACUUGGAGAGGCAGCAUCUGGCAGAGGAAACUUGCAGGAGGAUGUGAGCAGACUACAAGGAGCUCUAAUGGCAGCUGAACAAGACAAGCGGUUAUUACAGGAGCGUCUAGACAAGGUUCGGCAGGCACUGAGUGACAGCAAGAGGCAGAACCUGCAUCUCUCACAGACGGUACAGGAGCUUCAACAGCAGCUGGGAGAGAUGCAGCUGACCUGUAGGGAAUAUCAGGCAAGAUCAGAGGAUCUGCAGCAGGCUCUGCUCAAGCAGCAGCAGCGGGAGAAGGAACAGAGCGUUGCGCUGCUGGAGCUACAAGAGCGAGUCAAGAUGUUGCAAGAUGAAAAGACACAGGUUGAGAUAGAUAGACAGGAUGUUCAACACUCAGCAGCACUUCUAGAGAAGGGAAACAGCAAACUGAAAGCUGCUCUAGAAAAGGUGAAACGGGAGCAGCUGCGUGUAGAUGGAGAGGCUCAGCGUCUUAACUUCGAGAAGGAGCAACUCAACCAGGUGGUGAUUUCCUUGAAGAAAGAUCUGGCAGAGGCACAAAGACAGACUCAAGAUCUGGAGUCACAGAUAAUGGAGCUGGAACGUGCUCACUCUCAGCGACUGAUGGAAGUAAGUAUGAGACAUCGACAGGAGCUGGAAACUGAUAGCGAGAGACUGCGCAUGGCUCAGCAGCAGGCAGAGAGCACACUGGAGACUAGAGAGAGAGCGCAUCGGCAGAGAAUCACAGUACUGGAGGAACAGCGCACUGAGAAUUGGUCAGAACGAGGCUUGGUCAUACAUACCUUACUUGGUGAACACACUACAGGAGCAGAUGGAUCAGGAACUGAAACGUAGACAACAGAGCUUGCGCUCUGCUCAUUAAUCUGUUCCUUGCCUGGUAUAUAAGAGACCCCAGACCUCUGUGCCAGUCCUGCCUGCGGAAACUACCUGUAGCUAGAAACCCUGGCCGGAAAUCACAAGUUGACCUGUAGGUCUUUUAUUUAGCGUAAAUUAUUUGUACUAUGAACAUAACUUGGUUAUUUGUUAAACUCCAUUCGGGUCAUUGGGAUUGUACUGUAUAUCAAAUUAUAGGAAGAUCAGUAUUUCAUUCGUUUUUUAAUCUCCUUUCAUAAAGCAUAUUUUACAUGUCUAUGCCAUAAAUAUAUCAUAUGUGAUUCUCUCUUAUGUGGCAGAUUAAGCAUCACAUGAAAGAAAGAAUAAUUUAUAGCAAGGGAUAAAAAUACAAUCUCAUUUGAUGGAUGUACUCCUUUUGAUUCAGCAGAAGUUUAACUGCAGUAACCCUGUAAACAUUACAGCAGAUAAUACCGGUUGGUUACAGACUACAUUCUACAGUUCGGGAAAAACCACCAACUCAGAUUAAGAACUAUACUAGACAAAGUUGUUACAAGCCCAAACCCACACAAACAUAUGUAUUACUACAAUUAGUGCCCCUGUGUUGUUAUUUUAGCAGCAGUGUGUACAAAGCUCAAAUUCUUUUAGACAUAUUAGGGACAUCCUGUAACUUUUAACAAGUCCUCUUGUUAACUGCAGGCAUUUCAAAGCCUAAUGCAAAGACAAAAUAAGUUCUCCCUGUCCCUCGGUUCACCAAGGAAAGGGACAGCGACUAAGACUCAGUGAGUAUUUUUAUUUGUCACUGGGUGUUCUAUAUUAGCAUUUCUCGCUGUUCUACAGCACUAACAUAGAGCAAGGGUGUGGCAAUAGAAAAGUGGCUGUCAUUACCAUAGUAAACGGGCUAAUUACCAUACAAACCAUUUAAUUAGCAUCACACUGUUUGUCCUAAUCACUUGCCUUACAGGAGCCUCUCUCUAGCAAUAGAAAAUAUUUUUCCUUUAGGUUUUGAAUAUUUAACAGAGAUUACAGUCAUAUACAGCUUUUAGACUAUAACUUAGUAAUAUACUGCUAUGUUUUUAUGUGAUGUAUGGGAGAUCUGAAGCACAAAACAACACUAAGGGGGGUAUCCAAUUAGCCAUGGUGAAUUACCGUGGCUAAUGGAUCCCCUCGGGGUGUAUCCAAUUAGCCCCAUAGCCGACACUUAUUGGGGAUUAUGCGUCACAUGCCUCAACUAGGCAAAACAUUAUCCCCAAUGACCAACCCCAGGAGCCCCUUUUUGCGCAAUAACACAUGGGUCCGGAUCCAAGGGCUAUAAUUGGACAGCCCAAAUUUGACCAUUGCCCGUUUAAGCAAUUGGAUACCCCCAAGUCAUCAUCUGUGUGUCACACUUAGAUUUAAAUGUGCCUGAAAAAGCUACAAAUAGGGUGUACAAGAAAUAUGGCGCAGGUCGGAGAUAUAGAAACAGAGCGUCAUAUACUUCACAGUAUAGUAAGGUAUAGUACCAAGGUGACAGGCUAAUACAUAACCAAAGAAUUUGGAUUAAUUUAUGGGGAUUUACAGAUGUGUACAGAAUAUAUUCAAAUUGGGCCCUAUUAAAUAUUUUAGGUUAGACAAACUCCCUUUAUUGUUAGACAUAAGUAACUAAACAAUAGAAGCUUCCUUUAAUGUUGUUAGAUCUGCUACUUGUAAAAUGAAACUUUAAAAAAGUGUAACGGCAGGACAUUUGUUUAUCUACGUGAUUGUUUUUACUAUGUAUUUUCAGUUGUGAUUUUCUACAGACACUAUUAUAAGAAUAAAUAAUUGUUUUCAUACAA